AUGGAAGAAUCAUCUUCAAAUAAUUUGACGAAUAAAAAACGACAAUCAAAACGAGUAAAAACCCAAUGUAAAAUUUGUGAAGCUCCAGCUUUAUAUUCAUAUUUUGGUGUUAUAUCAUGUGAUCCAUGUAAAGUGUUUUUCAAACGAAAUGCUGAAAAUAAAAAGAAACUAUUGAAAUGUGAUUUUGAUGGGAAUUGUGGAAUAAAUCUGAAUAGUCGUCAUGUAUGUUCUUAUUGUCGACUUAUGAAAUGUUUUACAUGUGGAAUGGAAAUUGAAAAACUGCGACCUUCUUUUCCAAACAAGAAGAAAACAAGUCGAAAAAGAAAAGUUAUGACAAAUCAAAUGGAAACAACAUCAACAGCUUUAGUUAGAUUAAAUGAACCUGAACAGUUUCCUACUAUAAAUCUCUUACGAUCAGAUCAAUCUACAUUAAGUAUCGAUCAAUGGAAUCUUAUUUCAAAUUUAUCACAUUGUUAUGAUGCAUACAGUGGACUAUCAAUGGGUGAACGUUUUGCACGUGAACAAAAUGCUCGACCUCCUAAGUUACGUUUGAAAGGUACAUCAUUGAUCGAAUUUACCCGAAUGGCAUUAGAUGGACUUCGAUUAUUAUACGAAAAGAAUCAAGAUUUUGUUUCUUUAUCGGCAGAUGAUCGUUCUAUUUUACUUCAAAAUACAUUUAAAUAUACUGGAUGUCUUACUACGAAUUUCAUUUUAUAUAAAGUUGGAGUAACGGAUUAUCCCACGUAUUACAAUAAUGUUGAAAUGAUUUCUAACCGAUCUCUUAUGCUUGUUACUAAACGUCUAGGGACCCAACUUAAUUUUGAUGUGAUCAUUAUGAAACUACUUCUUGUCAUUUUCUCUUUCUCCACAAUGAACCAUACAGUUUAUUCAAAAACUUCUUCAAUAAAUUUAUCAAAUAUGAAACAAAUUCUACAUAUUCAAGAUACAUAUAUUGAAUUAAUAUGGCGAUAUUUACUCUAUAAAUACAACUUUGAACAAACUGUUAAAUGUUUUUCUGAUCUUUUAAGAUGUUUAUUUACUGUCAAUGAGAUAAUAGUUAAAAUGGAAGAAAUUCAAUGGUACACAGAUCAAACUGAUUUUCUUGUUGAGCAGAUCAAUCAAACUCUUAUUCUCAAUGAUUAA